AAAACACCAAUCCGUCACCGUGACGUUUCGAAGACGUGCUUUCUUGGCAUUUUUGUGCGUCGUCGUCGUCGGAAUCCGUCCCGCAAGUGGAGAAACGAAGAAAAAAUCGCAAAACGGAUAUUCGCAGGCGUAAAGUGUCGUGUGCUGCUCUCAGGGAAACUAUCCGCGCAGUUAUCCGUGUCCGUGAUUCUGCCUUCGGAUCGCGCGCGCUCUCUCGGUUCCAAGAUUCUUCCCGAAAGGCACUUUGGUUCGCGUUCGCGCAUCUCGUCCGCCCUCCGCCGUAGGGUUCGCCAAUGUGGGACACAACCAGCAGCAGCAGCAGCUUCCAGGAUGAGCGAAAUUCUGCAGCAGGACAUCCAGCAGCUGCUGGAGUACUUUGCCCGGAAUCUAUAUAGUGCGAAAAAGUGCGACGUCGGUGACGAAAUCGUGCACCGAUGUGGCGUCCUGAUGCGCCAGGAUUACACCGUCUGCGAGCUGGCGAACGCGAACGGUGACCUGUCGGCGCACUACCCGAUCAAGCUGCUCAUUCCGGAGGACGAGCUGAAGAAACGCUACCCGUACGGAUCGUCGUCGGGCGGCGACGACGUCCCGGAUGGGGUGACGCCGAGCGGUCCGUGCCGCGAGCAGAUCGCCGUCGACGGCAAGAUCGACGCGAACCGGUUGCGGUACCUGAUCAUGAAGGCGCGGUUGGCGCGCUGUCGGGCCCGGUUCCCGCUGCCGGUGAUUCUGUACGACGGCAAGUACAUCUGCCGGUCGGCGACGCUUUCCGGGGGGCCGGAGAUUUACGGCCGGUCGGGGUACGAGUACUUUGCUUAUGCGGCGGAGGCGAUGCCACCGGAGCCGGGGGAUGAGGCGUACGACGUGCAGGAGGACUCGUCGUCGGACGAGUCGGACUCGAAGGAUUGGCCGUUGUUUGGUCGGUUGAGGCGGAAGGAUAUUAGGCUGCUGAAGGCGCUGAAUGUGGGGACGAUAAUUGAUUUUAUGGUGGAGAACAAGAAGGUGAAGUUCUGGAUGAAGGUGACUUCGUCGGAGAAGGUCGACAAGGAGAACCGGUAUAGUUUCUUUAAGAUUUUGGCGCUGCCGUAUCCGGGGUGUGAGUUUUUCCGGGAAUAUCGCGAUAAUGAUUGUCGAGGGGAGGGGUUGAUAUUCGACUGGAACCAGUCGUACGUGGACGCGGGGAUUCGUGUUCCAGACGAUAGCGUGACGGCCGGGUUGAACAUCGACUGGACGAACUACAAGCAGUGGGAUUUGGUGAAGUUGACGCAGAACUAUUUGCGGUUGCUGCUGAAGUACCUGCAGGAGAGCAGUUCGGGGAUUUUGGUGCACUGCAUAAGUGGGUGGGAUCGAACGCCGUUGUUCGUGUCGUUGCUGCGGAUUUCGCUGUGGGCGGAUGGAGUCGUGCAUCAGUCGUUGAACGCGGCCCAGAUGUUGUACUUUACGAUCGCGUACGAUUGGCUGCUGUUUGGGCAUAACUUGCCGGAUCGGCUGAACAAGGGCGAGGUGAUUUUCUACUUUUGCUUCUACAUACUCAAGUACAUCGUGGACGACGAGUACAGCGUGUUGAGCCGUCGGACGCGAAGUCAGCACAGCAGCGGAAGCAGCAGCAUCGACGUGAUCCGGACGGACAGCGAGAGCAUGCUGGACGCGCUGCUGCUGGACGGCGGAGACAUGCGGAGUUCGAGCGUGUCGCUCAACUCGACGUCGAGCUACGCAAGUGGACGCAGUUCUUCGAUGCACGACACGCAGACGUGCGUCUCGACGAGCGGCGUUGGGCUGAUGAUGGGCGGGGCAAGCAAUAGCAUAGCGAUCGCGGGUCGAAACGGAGGCGGGAGGAAUGGUGGAGGUGCUGGUGUUGGUGCAGGUGGAAUUGCCGGAGUUGGCGGGUGCAACGGAGAUGAGAGUGUCAACUCGUUCAAUGGCAAUAACGGCUUCUCGGCGCAUAGUCACGACAGCAGUAGCAGUAUUGGGUGCAUAUCUCACGAUAGUUCGAAUCACAACAUCCAGUGGUCACCGCCACCGAAAAGAACUAGUCCCGUCACGGUGCCCAGCGCAAACCGGUUGCGCCAACGACAAGAGUCUACCUCGUCACUUUCGGUCGGGAGCUGGCAAAUGGUCACCGGCACGGGCAGCUUCCGCGAGUCGGUCAGCGAGCACCCAACCGCGACCUCCGCCGCCACCGGGUGCCACUGUUCCGGGGGUGCCUCGCAGCAGCAGCAGCAGCAAGUGCAUCAUCCUCACCGAGUGGCCGCCGGUCAUCAGCAGCAGCAACAUCCACUCCACCAUCCUCACCCGCUGCUGGUCGGAAGCAAUCCCGGACCGUCCGGCCUCGGCCACAGUGCUUCCACGCCGAACGCCAAUCAGGCGCAGGAGCCAGGCGGUGGUGGCGUCCCCGCCCCUAGCUGCUGUACGGCUUCCAUCGAUUCCGAGUGCUUCCCGCGACGCGUCGAUCUAUUCGCUAUCCGACGCGAGCGCCUCACCCAGCUGCGGACACUCUUCUACAACUGCUACUUCUCCACGAUCGCGUUCAAGUUCAACUCCGGCCCGGACUCGGCCCUCGGCAGUCUGCUGGGCAACUUUGCCGAAAAGGUGGGCCUCGCCAGCCGGACGUCCGUUUAGGGUUGCGCGAGCCAGCGAUCGCCAUCGACACUGCGAAGAUGUUCAAACCUCUCUGAGGAAAACUCAUUUUUAUUAACCGCAAUCCGAGUGCGACGGACGAGAGAGAAAAGAAGGAUUUUUUUUCUAUCCUAAAGCGAUUUAGACGACGUAGGUUUCUUCUGACACGUUUAUACCUAAAUAUUGUUCAUGUGGAGCGAAACUUGGACACGGCAUCACGCGUUUGAUUAUAUUCGAUAUUUUUAAGUUAUUGUCAUUGUUGAUAUUGUAUUAGAGACGAAGAAGAAAGGAGAAAAAACACAUUUUUGUUUCCCCUAGCAUGUAAGCGUACCCUCAAGUGGAAGAUUUUUUAUUUACUCUUAUGUAUUUGUUCUUUUCCUCCAUUAAACCAACUCGCGUAACAACACUAAAAAUGCAAAAUAAAAAAUAAACAUUCAAACAA